AUGGGACGUUCGAAACUUAACACAUCCCUGAAAUCCAACACUCCCAUUCCGCUGCCACAUGAUGGUCCCAUCCAUGCCGCCUUAAAUGAUGCCGACCCAUCGUCGAGCGACGAUUCAGUCCUACAAACCGCAGCAUGUCAACUUUGCACUGAUGAAAGUGGAAGCAGUGUUGAAGCAAAGCUAUGUCAAGACUUGAGAAACGCCAAAACAUCAAAAGAGCAAAUACAAAGCCUUCAAGCCUACAAAAGUAGCAAACGAAAUCCGUCUUCAGGAAAGGAGAACGAACUGAACGUGUCAGAAACUUUGAGUGACGAAAGGACUGCGCUUUAUCGCAUUUUACUGGAAUGGUCGCUGUCAACAGAAACGCCUGUACCGCUGCGUCGAACUACCCAAUCGAUCAUUGCACACGAUCGAAGUAUUGAGGAGAUUUCACGCACAGUUUUAGUUUCGUUUUGGUCAUCUACGAGCUGGAAGAAUCCGUUGAUGUCAUUGGAAACAGCACUCAAUUCUCCAAUCUUGAAGCCAAUACUCCAAGAUUCGCUACUAUAUGACUGCCUUGAGUUCCUCUAUGCAACGUAUAUCUCCGAAUCAUUAGAAGCCAAGGACCUGACAUCCGAAUCAAUAGUCGAAAUUGGAUCUCGACUGUCUGAAAUUCUGAAACUGCUACUCGACAACCACGAGGAUCACAUCCCGCACCUUGAAGAACAACGUCAAUACAUUCUGAUGUUAUUUCAAUGUCCUAGUCUUCCGAUCGAUGUAUACAAUACACUUGGCAUCGUUUAUGGUAGACUGCUGUUGUGUUCUGGCGCAGAAUCGCUGUCUAAAACGGCCAUUGAAGAAGUUUUAAGUAUUGACGACACUCAUGCAAACCUGUCAGCACUCGCCCGUUUGCAAAUUGUCAAAGGCAUUGCUGCAAAACUAUCGAUUGGUAUAUUGAUGAAUGUACAAAGUGAAGUCCAGAUGUCACCCUUGGAUGCCAGCUGGAGGUAUAUCCUGCGCGUCUGCAGAAGUGCUACUGAUCCGAUGGUUCGAUGGGCAGGGCUCAAGGGACUGUCCUCUUUGUCCAGUCGGUUGCUAGGUCUCAAAGACUCGAACAACUCUCAUGCAGAGCUAGUAAAUGAAACAUUGGAUGUGGUGUUGCAGGCUUGGGAACACCCACCAUUGAGAAAAAUCGGAUCCGCAAUCCCAAGCUUGUUUGAAUCACUUGUCAAGUUGCUUCAAAAGGAAGAGCUUGAAGGUCUCAUUUGCAACGUUCUCGAGCAGCCCGUCAAUCGCAAGGGAAGAUACUUGGCUCUGGACAUUUUGCUGCCUUACAUGCCACGGAAUCAAGUCAUCCGACCAGAAUCAUUGCUUGAGGGUAUCGCCCGAUAUGCUGCGGCUCAAAAAGCCAUGACCGCCAAGGUGAAAGCUACGAUAUCUUCUCAGAUACCAGAGUCGACUCUGCGAGUUGCACUCACACAUAGACUCACUAGCAUCAGAGUUCUAGGAUUCCAAGCCAUGCAUGCGAUAACAACUGCUUAUGACAAAUCAGUCGAUGUUGAGGCCACCCUCUGGCGAUACUCCUUGUCAUACGUGGCGAAAUCAACCGACAGCAAAGAGUAUACCUCAGUAAUGCUACAAACAUUGAUCACCUUUCUAGACCGAUUCUCGCAGUCGCCAUCCAAAGCAAAACAGAAGAGUGAUUUUGAGAGUUUUUUCGUCGACUUUCUCUUACACGAUGUCGUCGUAAAAAAGGGUGCAUAUCCAGGGACAGUUGCAGACAAGGAGAGUUUCAUGUUGUCACUACUCGGUUACCUUCUGAGCUUCGUGACGCAGGACCAAUCUUUCAACAUCCAGACUACAGUGGCGAAGCAUGGUAUCGUUUUCAAUCGCAAGAGGAGCGCUGAAGAGAAGACGGCCAUGCUUCAACUGUUGAACUCUUUCUUCACUCCUGAGGUCUUUGGCUCAGUGUAUUCGCUCCUAUUCUCAAUUUGGGAUGGUACGCGAGCCCUCGCCUUUCGGUUUCUUUCGAAGUUGGUCGUAGCGGGCCAAAUGAACAAAAUUCCACUUCCCUCCGAGUUUGUGAGCAAGAAAGCACGGGAGUCGUUGAAGGCUCGUGGAGUUCAUCUGGCAUCCUCCCCACGUCAACGAGAAGCAGAUACUGGAUCUCGUAUACUUGCAUUUCUCUACUUUUCUUUGGACGAGCCUAAGGGUAGAAUUGCCUAUCUACAAAGCAUGAUGAGUCUGCUGACGACUCGUUUGCAAGACAUGAAAGAACAACUUCGAUUAAUCUUGGAGGGACAAGAGAAAGUUAUUGCUACUAAGACCGCGAGUGCUUUGCCACUUGCACACGGUAUCAUUCAGGCAAUUGCACUCACGGUGGAACAUAGCAAAUUGGACGCGACGCAUGCUACUGCUCAUUCGACAAUAGAUAAUAGGAACAUCUACCAUGAUCUCUUGGAGAUUUUGGUCGAAGCCAUCCAAGUCGCAUUGGCUGUUGUCGCCGAUGUCCGGGAAGGGGAGUCGAUAGAAGGUGUUGGAGAUGAUAUGGACUUUGUCCACAAGAACGAUAGGGGAUCCUCUGUCCCAUUGAAUGUCAAUACCGGGGCUAUCGGGGCAAACGGAACAUUCUCCUCAGUGUCAACGAAAGAUGAUGUUGAAUUUGCUAGUCGCCUUGCCGUUCAACGAGUAGUGAUCGGAUCUUGGCUCUUGACGAAAGAGACUUGUGAGUGCAUUUCAUCUGUGAUUUCUGCCCGAGGAUAUGAAGCUCGAUUUGAUACCUUUGCAAGAAUUGGAGAGCUGCUUAUCAGCACUCUAACAACAUUGAAGCAUGCUGGAGCUGCUUUUGCGGCACGAGACUCGUUGCAGGUUGUCGCUGCGGUUGCCUUGGACGCAACCUACGAUGCGAAGAUUCUUGGGCUGCCUACUCUAUGGGCAAAGAGGCUCGUUGCCGAGAUAUCCACAUCUGACAAAGUACGGGAUUCGACUCUUCGACGUAGCACUGGUUAUGCAUUGGGCUUUCUUGCAAUCAUGCGAUCAGAACUUGCGCGAAAGCAGGGGCCGCCAACGAUCUCAAACCAUAUUCUUGACACUCUCCUCACUUUAUCACUGCCACCAGAAGACCGCGUCAAAACCAUGUUUCGGCAGCUUAGUCUGGAUGAAACACAAGCAGGUUUAAGCUCUAUUCUUCAACUCAGUUCAGGUCAAGGUCCUUCGUUUAUUUCAGAUGCUAAUUAUGAGGCUCGUGGCCGGGUCCAUGCGCUGAACGUCAUGCGAUUGAUCAUCCUUGAUGCCCCACUUGUUUCAGUAGUUUCACCGAUGGUAGGAUCUUCGAUGGUUUCAGCAAUCCUUGGUUACGACGACCCUUCCUGGGCUGUGAGAAACUCUGCUACUAUGGUCUUUAGUGCAGCUAUGCUUCGGGUGAUAGAUGCUGAUAAGAAUGCAUCGAACAAUGAUAGAACUAGCAGCAAUGCUAUCACGAUGACAGAAUUGUUCCGUCGCUAUCCUUUUUUGUCUACUUUCCUCUUGUCAGUGAUGAAAGCCUGUAUCAAAGAUGUUUCAAUGGACAAGGCUGAACAUUCUCGAAUCUUUCCGAUUGUGCUGUUGUUGUCAAGACUACAGCCUAUAUCCAAGUCGGGAGAGGCCUCGGUAGGCUAUGCUGAAGAAUUCAUUGGAGUUACUCUGGAGUGUCUAAGCAAUAAACAUCACGCCAUACGAGCGGCAGCGGCUCGAUCAGUUGCAACCUUGUGCUCAGAGCCAACCAAGUAUUCGAAGAAGUGUCUAGUGCUGAUGUCCGAGGGCCUCGAUAAAUCGAAGAGAGACUGGAAUGCAAUCGAUGGAAUCUUGAUGUGUCUCGAAUCCCUCUCGGCAUCAUUUCCGUCGUCACGAGAGGAUGAGAAGGACACUGAGUCUGUCUUAUUGGAGUUUUUGGUUCCCAACGAGUCGUUCAGACCACCUCCAAGCUGCACCGCAACGGCAAUAAAGAUUCUCUGGUUGAUGCGCUCAAAUCAAGAAGUCGCUGAAGAUUCAACAGAUCUGUCGAUCAAAAUCUCACAGGCAUGCAAAAUGAUUGUGCAUCAAGAUGGAAUUUCAAGAGACGUUGGCGGUUCUGAUCUACACGCCACUUGCGCCACGAUCCUUGUUGAAAUUCUCGACCACUCCAUCUGGUCUCCAAGAGAUCAGGAUGAAAUAGAGAGCGGAUUGCAUCAAUUGAAUGGAAUGUUAUCAUCGAGCAUAUAUGAUGUGAAACUGGCAGCCGCCAAGGCAUUCAAGAAGAGAGUAUACAAUAGGGUGGAUAAACUUCUUGCAAGAGUGCAGUCAUCGGAAGAGGUCGGUAGUGUUCCUUCGUCAAGCCAAAUUUUGUCAAUGGUUGCAAGAACUCUCCUUUCUGCUUUGAAGAAGGAAAUAUCCCACGGCUCUGGCAAGGGAAGUCACCCCCCAACGGUUCGGCGGCUAUCUCGAUGUUUUUUGGAGUGCUUUUAUGGAUAUAAGGAACUCAAGUCUGCUGGCGACAAUAGGGCGGUAGAUUUUCUUUCUCCAUCCGGCUUGGAUGUUCUCUGGACGACUGCCAGCAGCAUUGCUGAGAAAGAAAACGUCUUUGAUGAAGUGCACGAAGAGUGCAAUGGCCAGACAUUUGCAUCAUCCAACGCUGUAGAGAUGAUGGCCGUUGUAUUGUCCACCAAGAACGCACCGGUCAAUCGGUCAAGCCUAACAGCAAGAUUGAAGGUCUUUUCACAAGCUAUUCAACACUUGAAUGAUCCACAGGCAUCGUGGAGAUCACGCCACAGCGCUUCCCUGGCGAUUGAGACUAGUGGCGUGCUUGGUUUGAGGUUGGAAACCUGUAAUGUUGACGGAAUUCAGAACCUUCGUGAAGAGAUCCUUCGACAAACUUUGGGCAUGUUACAAGAUUUAGAUCCCGACGUUCGGGCUACUGCAUCAAGAGCACUUUAUCAAAUGGGAAACUCGGCAGUGACAGCCACCCCCUCGCAGUUGCCGCAGGUCAUGCUUGAGGAUACUUGUGCCAAGGUUUACAACUCAGCUACAAAGUAUGGUGAUGUCCAAAGCACCGUUGCACACUUGCAAGCAACACUUGUUCAGAAUUGCUUGGGUCUCGUGGAAGCAAUGGAGUCGUUUCAUAGCGAAUGCAGCAAGAGUAGUGGAGCGACUUCCUCCUACCAGGGGCUCCUGAACGUGACGAGUUCGCGGAAGAUCUUUGAACAGGAAGAUCCCAACCCCAACAACGAGAAAGCCUUGGUCACUCAGCUUGCAAUCCAGUCCCUACUUCAUCUUUCCAAGAACAUGGGUGCUGGCGAAAUGAUUUUCCAGGACGAAAUCUUCCAGCGAUGUUCCUCCUGCAUGGAAAUACUUGAUCGCAUUGUCACUAUCGGUGGCGUCGCCCACGAUUCUACUCGGUUCCCCUUUAUCUUCCCCGCCUUGCAUGGCUUGCUCCAAACGGUUGCGCUGGCAGUUUACCUUGGAGCAUCUGGAGAAAAGAUGCUGUCCUCAAUCUCUUCGGCAAUCUCCCAUGCCACUCUUGCCUCCUUGGAGGUUGCACCAUACGUUCGAGUUGCUUCCAAUGCCUCUUCCAUUGCAAGGAGCAAGGACAUUCUGAAGAAAGCACCAGGAUUGUCAAACAUUGCAGAGUUGAGAAAAGAAGUAUCUUAA